AUGUCGGCGGAAGGGUUCCUGACGAUGACCAUCAUCGAGGCUAGCGGCAAGAACAAGGACGACAACUUUGUCUGGGACAGCGACAACUUUGAGGGCUUUGUCAAGGUGGAGCUGCGCGGGGGGCCCCGCAAUGUCAAGGUGUCCACACGGCGGGCGCCAGUGCAGGGCAGCACCAUCUUCUGGAACGAGCCGCUCGUCCUGGAGGUGCUGGAGCACGCCAACGAGCUGCGGGUCAUGCUGUGCAAGGACAAGUUCACGCAGCUGCCAGACGGCUCCACCAAGCGCGGGACGCAGGUCCUCGCGGCGUGCGGCAUCUACGUGAGCGACAUCCUGGACGCUGUCCCGAUCGACAAAUACUUCGAGCUUUUCCGGCCCGGCGCUGGCGGCGAGGGCGGCUUCAUCCGCCUGGGCCUGGACUUCAGUACCGACGCGCCGCCGCCCAUGCCGGACGGCCAGCCCUUUGGAGCACCGCAGACCGCGGGCGGCGGCAAGGCAAAGCGGCGGCGCGGCUGGGUCCUGCCUGUGGUUCUGCUCUUGGGUGCGGCGGCCGUCGGCGGCGGCGUCCUGGCUGCGCAGUUGCCCAAGGAGCAGCAGCAAAAGGACGACGGGAAGGGCAAGCCCAAGGCCAAGAAGUAA